CCCCUGGUGGCUGCUCUGCCCUUGCCAAGUGUUGUGUGUCCAAGGUCUGUGGUCAUGUUUCGCAUUUGCUGCAAAACACCCUCCCACCCUUGCAGAGAAAGAGUCCUUUGUGCAGCACCCUUUAAAAGGUGACUCGUCCCACUUGGGUUCUCUCUCCUGGUGCAGUGUUGCAGGCGGGUUAAUUAGAGCAUCACCAUGAAGCUCAUCCCGUGCCUCCUGCUGGUGACCUUGUCCUGCCUGGGGACUUUGGGUGAGGCCCCAAGGCAAAAGCAAGGAAUCACUGGGGAGGAAUUCCAUUUCCAAACUGGAGGGAGAGAUUCCUGCAUUAUGCACCCCAGCAGCUUGGGGCAAGGUGCCAGGGAAGUCUGGCUUCGCAUAGACUGCCACAACACAGAUCAGACGUACUGGUGUGAGUACAGGGGGCAGCCCAGCGUGUGCCAGGCUUUCGCUACUGACCCCAAACCUUAUUGGAACCAAGCCCUGCAGGAGCUGAGGCGCCUUCACCAUGCAUGCCAGGGGGCCCCGGUGCUGAGGCCAUUCGUGUGCAGGAAGGCUGGGCCCCAGGCCCACAUGCAGCAGGUGACUUCCAGCCUCAAGGGCAGCCCAGUGCCCAACCAGCACCCCGAGGCUGGGACGCCAUCUCUGAGUCCCAAGGCCUCAGUGAAACCCACAGAAGCAAGACAGCUGGGAAAGGACUCGAUGGAAGAGCUUGGAAAAGCCAAACCCACCACCCAACUCACAGCCAAAGCUACCCAGCCUGCACCCAGGCCCGGAGGGAAUGAGGAAGCAAAGAAGCAGCCCUGGGAACACUGUUGGAAACCCUUCCAGGCCCUGUGCGCCUUUCUCAUCAGCUUCUUCCGAGGGUGACAGGUGAAAGACCCCUACAGAGCUGACUUCUCCCUGACAGAGAACAACCUCUUUUUAUAUUAUGCUGCUUUCAGUCCAACGUUUUCACACUGGAUGAAGGGAGUUUCUAAUCAGAUGCACCUGCGCAAAUUCUUGAUCUGCAGCAUCUCUGAAGUUUGGAAAAGAAAACUUCCUUUCUGGAAGGAGCUGACAGGCCCAAGGGUGACAAACAUACACAUCUACAUUCUAUCUGUAGAAGCUUUGCUUUGUUGAUUAGAGCCUUCUAUGAAAGUUUAAAUAUGUAACACAUUCAUGAAUUUCCAGUUCAGCCUUCUGAGCAAGAAGUGAAUUUGUCACAUUUCAUUGCAUGGCAGCAUGGACUUGUAGUUAGAGAAAGUACGGUGAAUAGCAGCUAUGUGUGUGCAAAAUAAAGGAAUGAUUUCAGAAAUA